GCUCAAGCAUUUUUUAUUAAUUCCAUAUCGGCAUUUAACGUUACUUGCAACAAAUCAAAAUGGCGUACGUUGGUAAAACUUACAAAUUCCAAAAAGAUGAGAACUUCCGUGAAUUCCUGUCUUAUGUCGGUGUCCCAGCAGACAAAGCGGAAUUCUUGCUGACGUCCAAACCAUCACAGAAACUUGAUAAAGAUGGAGACGACUACACCUUGACUACCAUUGACGCUUCAAGCAAGGAAAUUAAGUUCAAGGAAGGAGUUGAAUUUGAUGAAAAUGUCACUCCUGAAAUCGUAGCAAAGACAACAUUCACAGUUUCUGGUAAUGUUGUGACCCAAGUACAGAAAUUCCAAGACGGUCGCAGUAUCACCCUUCAAAGAGAAUACAAUGGCGACCAGCUUGUCGUGGACAUCACAGUAACUGGCUGGGAUAACGUUGCCCGCAGAUAUUACUCUGCCGUAUAAAUGUAGUUUCGCCGAAUUAUAGUUUUAAUUAAGUUUUUUAAAUAUUUAUUAAAAAAAAAUUUAAAAAAAAACAAGUUAUUUGUUUUGUCAUGCCCAAUGUAUUUUAUUAUAUCCAUAUUUAUUUGUAGCAUUUUAUUCACAGCUCAAGAUUCAUAUAAGAAAUCAUAGUAUCAUAGCAAUAAUGUUUUUCGUUUUGG